GCGAUAUGUACUUCAUGGGCCUCAGCGCGACCCGUUUCUUCAAGCACUGGCCUAAGCUCAAGGAAGCAUACGAUUCCAUCUCCCUGAACGAUGCGUGGUUUGAAAUUCGCAAGCACACGGGCGAGGCCAUGAUGCCAGCCAUGCCGGUCACUAGCAUCGAUGCCCCCGGCCUCGAGAAAGGCAUUCCGCCAGGCACGUUCCAGAUGCGCCCUCUAGUCUACAAAUUGCUGGUGAACGAGGCUGAGCGAAUCGGUAUCAACACCGUCUACAACGCUCGGGUCGUCGAUUACUUCGAGGACGAGGGCGAGGGAAAAGCUGGAGCCAUCACCGAAGACGGAACUCGCUACACUGCCGACGUUGUCAUUGCUGCCGACGGCGUCGGGUCCAAGUCGCAAAAGAUUGUCGGUGGGCAGGUUCGUGCUCAGGCUACCGGCAGGGCAAUGUGGCGCGCUGCAUUCCCACGAAAAGUCUUGGAUGAGCAUCCAGAAGUCAGGGACUUCAUUCCCUUGAAGGACGGCAAGCCCAUCGUCCGCACCUGGUUGGGACCCUCUACGUAUGCUAUCACGUUCACUCUGAAGGACUUGAUCGUCUGGACCAUCAAUCACGACGCCACCGGCUCUGAAUCUGAAUCGUGGAACGCCACCAUCGAAGCGGAUGAGGUCGUCAAGGAGAUGGACAAAAUCAUUGGGCCCCUCAAGUGGUCUCCGAUGCUCCGGGAGCUUGUCAAGUGCACGCCUCCGAAAUCUAUCGUCAACUUCGAGCUUCUCUGGCGCGAUCCGCAGCCGACGUGGUCCUCAAGCACUGGUCGUAUCGUGCAAAUCGGCGAUGCUGCACACUCCUAUCUGCCGGCCUCUGCCAAUGGAGCUACGCAAGCUAUCGAGGAUGCGAUCCACCUUGCCUCCUGCCUUCAGAUCGGGGGCAGCAAGGAGAGGGUUGCACAGUCCAUUGAUGUCCACUGCUACCUUCGCUUCAUCCGUAAUGCCUGUGCCCAGAAGAUGGGAUUCGCCAACGUCGAGCUUAUGCAAAAUACCAAGUGGGAUGAGGCCAAGAUAGACCCCCGACGGGCCCGGCCGAGGUUGGCGAAGUGGAUCUACUUCCACGACCCCGAGGCCUACGCUUACGAGAACUACGAAAAGGCUGUCUCCGGUAUCAAACAGGGUAUUCCUCAGGAUGAGAACCUCGAAAUCGAGCCCAACUUUCCAAAGGGAUACCGAUACGAGGCUUGGAGCAUUGAGGACAUCUUCGAGGAUGCAAAGAAUGGCAAGCUGGUCGUUCUGGGCUCUGGAGAUUGGAACUAGGGUGAUGUGUAGCGCCACACCGACUGCAAAUGAGCUCGUGACUAUUGCGGUCUGAUUCUGGGGGUUGAAGCGGCCAGGGGCUUGGCGGAGCUCUACAAGUAGCUCAAAAAGCAAUGGGAAUUCUCUGGGA